AUGUCGUUAUUUAAAAGAUGGAAAGGGAAAAAGAAGGAAACAGUAAGGGAAGCUAUAGCGGAGGCUGGUCCCAGCGAUACAACGGAUCAGAAGUAUGGAUACCAUAUUUUACUGGAAGACCCUGAGCAUGAUAAAGUUGACAUUGUGCUCGUCCAUGGCUUAACAGGCGAUCGAGUUUCGACAUGGACGGCAAAGCCCCAAAAGAAUGGAGAUAGGGGUGUUUUUUGGCCUUUAGACUUGCUUCCUAAGUCGAUCCGUAAUGCCCGGAUCAUGGCUUUUGGCUACGACGCAGAUGUAGUGAAUUUUUGGAAACCCGCGUCCCAGAACCGCAUCUUUGAUCAUGCAAAGGCGUUAUCUGGAGCUCUUGGAAACAUAAGGGAGAGUACUGACACUAUGGAGCGUCCGAUAAUAUUUAUUGGACACAGUCUUGGGGGACUAGUCAUCGAGGAUUGCUUAUUGAACUCGAAUACCAGUCAUGAAGAUUACAUUAGGGAAAUCCUCAGAUCCACAGCCGCUAUCGCAUUCCUUGGUACACCCCACGGCGGUUCAAAUCAGGCAGAAAUGGCUAUUAUUGGCGCAAACUUUCUAAAGCUCUUUACAAACCCAAACAAAGACAUUCUCAAGUCAUUGACAUCAGGCUCAGAAGCCCUGGCUAGGAUACAGCAAGACUUCCACAGAGUUAUAAAUGGUCUUCCAGACAGUCGAAAAAUAAAAAUCACUUGUUUUUACGAAGAGCUUCCUGUCAAAGGCGUUGGCGAGAUUGUUCCUAAGAACUCUGCAAUACUUCCAGCGUAUUCGAAUUACCCCUUACAUGCAAACCAUAUGGACAUGGCGAAAUUCAGUGAUCCAAAAGAUCAAGGAUAUGUUGCGGUCACGAAUGAAAUCGGACGAUGGAUCAGGGAAGAGUUGAAACGAAAUAGGACUGCUUCUGGUGCUCUCGGUAGCCAAAGCUAUGUAGCAAGUGCCUACGGAGUGGGACAAAGAGCGGAAGAACCGACAAGUGACCGACGGGAAUAUUCAAAUAGUAGGGUCGACCAAGUAAAGAAAGAACUAUAUUUAUCCGACCCAGCAUACGACAAGGAAGAAAUUGUUGCACACAAAGGAAAACGUUCAGAUGGCACUUGCGAAUGGAUUCUCAACACACCGGAGUAUAAAUCUUGGUUUAAUAACCCAGAAUCUUCUCUUCUACACUUAUCCGGCAGCCCCGGUAAAGGGAAGACAGUUUUCUCUAUUUUCCUGAUAGACUGCCUCAACAGCCAAUUAAAACCCAACAACACAUCCUCGGAAACCCCAGAAGCUAUUUUGGUCUAUUACUUCUGUGACAAUAAAAACAACAUUCGAAAUACAGCAGUGUGUAUUAUGAGAGCAGUUCUCUUCCAGAUGCUACAAAGACGCCCAGAGCUCCUCAAAUAUAUUGAAAAUGACGAAAAAUAUAAGUUAGGCGGGGCACAACUUUUUGCGUCAUUCCUGAAUCUUUGGAGAAUUUUCUUUGGAAUGCUGAAAGAUCAAAAUAUCCCCACGCUGUACAUCAUUAUCGACGGCCUUGAUGAAUGCGACGAGAGUUCUCGCGCUUUCUUUCUCGGCCAUAUCAGGACACUUUUUCAAGAUCCGAAAGAUGUUUCUGUGAAAUUUAUCAUCACUAGUAGGAACUAUCCCCUUAUCUGCGAAGUUUUGACACGAUUCGUCAAAAUCGACCUCGACUUGAAAACGGAGAAACUCCAGAACGACGUUUUCCGAUUUAUCGAUUCCGAGAUUGAACACCUAAGUCAAGAGAAGCCUUAUAUGGAUAUCGAGGAAGUACGAAAUACCUUGAAAGCAAAGGCUGAUGGUACGUUUCUAUGGGUGGCCUUGGUUCUGAAAGAGCUUAGAAAAGAUAUUACCAGUGAGGCUAUCAAAGCCAGGUUAAGGACACUCCCACAUGGCUUAUAUGGUAUAUAUCAGAGACUCCUCGACGAAAUCCCUCAAUCCUCCCACAAGCACGCAAAGCAAAUCCUAAUAUGGGUCACCUUUGCAAAGCAACCACUCAAUAUCAAAGGACUAGCUACUGCAUUGUCAUUCGCCUCAGAUCUCCGUCAAUCCGCCCAUGAGUUCGAACAAACCUUGAAGGAUUUUAUCAGAGUUUGUAGUUCCUUGGUACAUGAGCAGCAUGGAAUCAUCAACCUCGUACAUCAGUCUGCUAAAGACUUUAUGCUUCAAGAAUUUGGUAGAGAUACGCAAACCUGGUAUCGGUGUCCACCAGGAGAGGUGGAAAAAUAUCUCACAAAGAUAUGCUUCAACUAUGUGGAGAAAACACCCUUUGGAGUGGGUAAUGUCAGCUAUUCCACGCAGCCUCAGCUUACCCCAUCGUCAAAGGAUGAUCCAUUUCUCUCGUAUGCAAUCAUGUUUUGGACAGCCCAUGCCAAACAAUCCGUGGAAACUAUUGAUCAGGUGUUUGACCUCAAAAGCCCGUUCUUUAAUCAUAAUUCCACAGUCCGUAAUUUGUGGUUGAAAGCGAUACAGGAACCUGCACUCCCGUCGCUGGUGCAUAUCGCAUGCAAGUUCGGAAUCACUAGUCUUCUCCGGAUGUUGAUAGAUAGUGGGAGAGAUAUCAACUCUAAAAACAGCAGGGGAGAGACACCGCUACAUCUAGCGGUUGAGGGGGGGGAACUGGCCGCAGAUGAAGUCGAUCAAACGUCAACGCUACACCGGGGAGUUUUUACUAGACCCGACGCAAUAGUCAAGCUAUUGCUGAGGCGGAAGCUGGGAGUCGACCCCACGGUAAAGAACGACAAGGGGGAGACCCCGCUGCAUUUUGCGGUUCAAGGUGUAAAUAAUGAGGCAAUAGUCAAGCUGCUACUGGAGAAAGGAGUUGACCCUAUAGCAAGAGAUAAUGAAGGAAGGACCCCACUGCAUCUUGCAGCUCUAGGCGGAAAUGGGGCAAUAGUCAAGCUGUUGUUGAAAGAAGGAGUCAACCCUAUUGCAAAAGAUAACGGAGGAAGAACUCCGCUGCAUUUGGCACUUUAUAAUGAAAAGGGGGCAAUAGUCAAGCUGCUGUUGGAGGAAGGAGUCGACCCUAUGGUAAAAGAUGACAACAAAAGGGCUCCGCUGCAUAUUGCAGCUCGAUAUGCAAAUGUGGCAAUGGUCAAGCUAGUACUGGAGAAAGAGGUCGACCUUAUGGAAAAAGAUAACAAUGGAUGUACUCCGCUGCAUUACGCGGCUAUAGGUGGAAAUGUGGCAACAGUCAAACUGCUAUUGGAGGAAGGAGUCGACCCUAUGGUAAAGGAUAACAGAGGAUGUACUUCGCUGCAUUUAGCGGCUCUAGGUGGAAAUGAGGCAAUGGUCAAACUGCUAUUGGAGAAAGGAGUCGACCCUAUGGUAAAAGAUAAAAUAGGAAAUACCCCACUACAUCUUACAGCUCUAUAUGGAAAUGAGAAGGCAGCAGUCCAACUGCUAUUGGAGAAAGAAGUCGACCCUAUGGCAAAAGAUAACAGAGGAAAUACCCCGCUGCAUCUUGCAGCUAUAGGCGGCGGAAAUGAGGCAACAGUCAAACUGCUAUUAGAGAAAGAAGUCGACCCUAUGGCAAAAAAUAUAGAAGGAAAGACUCCGCUACAUUUAGCAGCUCGAGGUGGAGAUGAGGAAACAGUUAAGCUUCUACUGGAGAAAGGAGUCGACCCUAUGGCAAAAGAUAACAGAGGAAAUACCCCGCUGCAUCUUGCAGCUAUAGGCGGCGGAAAUGAGGCAACAGUCAAACUGCUAUUAGAGAAAGAAGUCGACCCUAUGGCAAAAAAUAUAGAAGGAAAGACUCCGCUACAUUUAGCAGCUCGAGGUGGAGAUGAGGAAACAGUUAAGCUUCUACUGGAGAAAGGAGUCGACCCUAUGGCAAAAGAUAAAAAAGGGGAGACUCCAGCCAGUCUUUCCGGGUCGAAACAUAUUAUCAAGCUUCUAAGAACGUACGAUCGAUCAUAUAAGAGGUAG